AUGCCAGAGUGUCUGAGGACCUGGUCCAUCCCCCUAACAGUAGACCAAAGCUUCGUCUUGGUGGCCAAGAUUACAACAGUCCUAGAGUUGCCCGUUUUAGAUAACCGCCUAACAGACCCCACUGUGCCCCACUCCAUUGCUGAAGUGCAACUGUUUUUACGUCCUCCUGCUACCUCUUUGGAAGAAAUCUGUAAUGUAACCACAGGCCACGUCUAUACAGUAGUGGCGCUGUUUGAUGCCCAGGGUGAGUCUUUAGUGCUGCGGGCUGUGAUGAGUCGUAUUGCUACCGCCCUGACUCCCUACCUUAUAAGUCAGAGAGACGAAUACUUAUCGGUCGAAGAACUGUUCUCUGCACUCCAAAAGGAGCAUGGGACAUCCUUUAAGAUACAGAAGGAAAACCUUGGGACUAUCCUUGUGGCCCAUCUGCCUCAACUUGCUAAUGCCAGACUACGGCUGAAUAUGUUAUUAGAGAUUCAGCAGCUUAUGGAUGCACUGGCUUCUCUGACGACCUCCACUAUAGUGUUUCUUCAAGGAUUGGCGAAACACAUGAUUAACACUCUCGACUCGGGAGAACUACCAUUGAGCACCCACAUCAUUAAAGAAGUCGAACAAGCACGUGAAGCCUUGAGGACUAUUGUUGAUCGUUGCCGUGAAUCCGGGGUUCUGUAUACGAGGUAUGGAGUCGAAAAGAUUUGUAAGAUUCGGAGGUCACUUGAGUUGCUAUCCUCUGAAGCCCUUCUCGGAAGGCCUUUAGAGAUGAGGGAGGAACAAGGAACAAGUAAAUGGGGUUAA